AUGACGUCCAACCAAAUGAAACAUGCUUGUACCAAAUGUAACAAAGGUGGUGGUACGGCCAUGUGUCAUGGUUGUCAACAGUCAUUUUGUAGUAAACAUUUUCUUGAACAUCGACAAGAACUUUCUCAACAAAUCGAUUAUAUUGGUCAAGAGCACGACUUCUUACGACGAGACUUAAACUGUAAUAAAAAUAUAGGUUCUUUAUUAGAACAUAUUGAUAAAUGGGAACAGGAAUCAAUUAAAACUAUUCAAGCAUCUGCUCAGAACGCUCGAGUUGCUCUCCAACAAUUACAUAAUCAAACAAACAAUGAAUUGAAAGUAUCUUUCGAUCAACUCACUCAAGAGAUUCGAUAUUGUCGAGAAUCGGAUGAUUACACAGAAAUUGAUAUUAAAAACUGGAUUGACCAAUUAAAAGAACUUCGUCAAAUAAUUGAAAAACCAUCAUUUGUUAAUAUUGAUUAUGAUAAUAACAUAGCGUCAGUCAUCAAAUUGAUAAAAGUAACUCGUGCACAACAUUCACUAUUGUCUUUUUCUCAAGGAAAACGAUUGAAUGAAAAUAAUAAUCAUACUGAUGAGCAGAUUGUUGGAUUGUCUAGUGAGAAAUUCGCCGAGAGUUUUGGAAAUAUUGAAUUGUCUACAGAUGGUCUCACUGGACGGUGUUUAUCUUACUGCUGGGAUGGAUCAUGCAUCAGUGGUAUUGGUUGUUAUUCAUCUAGAAUACAUCAUAUUCACUUUCGUAUUGAAAAUAAAACUAGUAAUUAUUUGUUUUUGGGUAUUAUCACAGCGUCACAACAGUUGGCAUCAAACAUCUCGAAUACAAACUCUGCAAAUGGUUGGUGGGAAUUAGAUUAUAUUGUUGUCAAUGGUAAAACGAAAGUCGGAAAGCAAACCAAAACAAUCAAUUCAGGUGAUGACGUGACAUUGAUAUUGAAUUGUGAUGAUCGAAUAAUUCAGCUUCAGCAUCAUCGCACCAAUACGCUAGUUGGAAUACCAAUUGAUCUCGAACAAUGUCCAUUUCCAUGGAAAUUUGUCAUUAGAUUGGAUACUGAACAUGAUUGUAUAAAAAUUGUUCAUUACUAA